CUUUAUUAACUACUACUCUUAGAUUUUGUUUUUCUGUACUGUUAACAACUAGGUAUUCAUUUGACAAAAUAAGUCUUAUUCACGGUGGUGCAUACUGAGAAAAAGUAUAUUUCAUAUUCCAAUAGGUUGCACUACUGACUAAAUUUCAUGAAUGAAAUCUAUUUGUUUAUCGUUAAAGUACUUCGCUACUUAUUGUCUAUGUGUGGUGAUGAUGAUGUUGAUGGUAAUAAUUUUUAAAGAAUUGAAUGAAUCUAAAUGCCUAAACUAAAUCAAUAAACUUCAUCAUCGGUUGGUAUUUGUUAUUGGUGCUUGAGGGUGGCCUCCAAUCAAAAUCAACUGGUUUCAAGUACUGGAAAAGGUGUUCAAGCUGUUGAUACUGUCGACUUUUUUCAUUGUAAGAUUAGCUCAAUGGACAGCUGUUCGAAGUUGGCAAUAUGCUAAUCUUAUGGGAAUGAAGUACACGCUCGUUCUAUCCACUAAACAUGUUUUCAUCAUCAGACGCGCUGAAUCCAUUUGCAGACCCUACUACUACAUUGAAUAAUUCAUCACAACAUUGUCAACAAAUUACUAACAGUACUAAUCAACAUAGUAAUAGUAAUGUUACUGGACUAACUUCCUCGACAUUAACUGAAAACGAUCGUGGUAAUAAGUCUAAAUUAAUUGAUGAAAAAGAUGGUAUACUGAAUGAUGAAAUGUUCACGGCAAAUUCAAAUGUUAAGUUUGAUGUUGGUGACAAUUGUGGGUUGCCUAUCCAUUCUCGAUUUCCUAAUAUAACAAAAGGUCGAAAUGGUGAAUUCUUAUCAUAUCAAAAUAUUAAUUCAAUCAAUAGUCAUUCUACUGGAGCAAUAUCGAAAGUUGAACAUUAUGAAGAUUUCGAAACUAUCGACUGGGUCAAAGAUGUUUCACGUGAUCGAUGUCGUCAUCGAGAACUUCAUUUGAAUAGAAAAACAUGCUGUGGUUCAAUUAAAGCCUGUUGGGAUUCUGCUUCUGGAUGGUUUUGUGUGUUAUGUGUCGGUUUGUUAACAGGUUUCAUUGCUUGCAUCAUUGAUAUUGGUUGUACUUGGAUGUCUGAUUUAAAAGAAGGUGUUUGUCUAGAUGCAUUUUGGUUCAACCGUGAACAGUGUUGUUGGUCAUCAAGUCAAGCGGAUGAUGUCUGUGAUCAAUGGUAUUCAUGGUCUCGUCUUUUUAUGAACAAAGAUCCAACUGGUGAAUAUCCAGAUGCUUACUUUGUUGGUUACAUAUUCUACAUUAUUUAUGCUGUAUUAUUUGCUCUAGUUUGUGUAUUUCUUGUUCGUAUGUUCGCUCCUUACGCUUGUGGUAGCGGUAUUCCUGAAAUCAAGACUAUUCUAGGUGGAUUCAUUAUACGUGGUUACUUAGGGAAAUGGACUCUUCUGAUAAAAUCGAUUGGUAUGAUUCUUGGAGUAAGUGCUGGUUUAAAUCUUGGUAAAGAAGGACCCAUGGUUCAUAUGGCUGCCUGUGUUGGAAAUAUAUUUGCACAUUUCUUUCCCAAAUAUGGUCAAAAUGAAGCUAAAAAACGGGAGAUCCUUUCAGCUUCAGCAGCUGCUGGAGUUGCCGUUGCAUUUGGUGCGCCAAUUGGUGGUGUUCUUUUUUCACUAGAAGAAGCUAGUUAUUAUUUUCCAAUGAAAACAAUGUUUCGAUCGUUUUUCUGUGCUAUGGUAUCAGCUAAUGUUUUGCGUAUUUUAAAUCCAUAUGGUAGUGAUAAUAUGAUUAUGUUCUAUGUCGAUUAUCAAGCACAAUGGCAUGUGAUGGAAUUAAUUCCAUUCGCUUUACUCGGUUUACUUGGAGGUAUUUUUGGUACAGUAUUCAAUCGAGCGAAUUUGUAUAUCUGUCGUUUGCGUAAAACCACCUGGUUAGGUAAAUAUCCUGUUCGUGAGGUACUUAUUGUUGCGCUAAUUACGGCUGUUCUUUCAUUUCCACAUACUUAUCUUCGUAUGAAUACCAGUGAACUGAUUAAACUUUUAGUUAGUCGCUGUUCUCCAGGAUCUGAUUUCUCUCUGUGUGAUUAUCACUAUAAUACAAGCAAUCCAAUGACUAAAGUAUAUCAGAAUUAUCCUGCCGGACCAUCAUUGUCUACAGCAAUGGUAUUGUUGGCAAUCGCAUUGAUUUUAAAACUUAUUCUAACUGUUUUCACAUUUGGUAUCAAAGUACCGACUGGUUUAUUUAUUCCAUCGUUAGCAGCUGGUGCAAUAAUGGGUCGUAUGUUGGGUAUAGCUACUGAACAACUUGUUGUAGCGUAUGCAUCACAUCCAUUUAUUGUUAAAAUGUGUAAAUCAUCUCAACCGUGUAUUAAUCCGGGACUUUAUGCUAUGGUUGGAGCAGCAGCUACUCUUGGUGGUGUGACUAGAAUGACUAUAUCAUUAGUAGUAGUUAUGCUUGAGUUAACUGGCGGUUUAAAUUAUAUAAUUCCAUUAAUGAUUGCAGCUAUGGUUAGUAAAUGGACUGGUGAUCGAUUAACAAAUGGUAGUAUUUACGAAGAGCAUAUACGAUUAAAUGAUUAUCCAUAUCUUGGAUCGUAUGAUGAAUUAGAUAAUACAUUAGUAGCAGCUGAUGUAAUGCAUCCACGUAGAGAUUCUAAUUCCCCUCUAUAUGUUGUUACACAAUAUGAUAUGACAGUUGGUGAUCUAGACCAAUUGGUUAGUGGAUGUGAUGUCAAAGGAUUUCCUGUUGUUGUUUCACAAGAUUCCCCAUACCUAGUUGGAUGGGUUUCAAGAAGAGAGUUACGUUGGGCUUUGGAUCGUGAAAGAAAAUAUGAUUCAAAUAUUGUCGAUGAUUCGCCAGUCCAUUUUGCCACAUUUCAGGAAGUAUAUGCAGAUGAUAAUCAGGAAUUGACACCUGUCAACUUACAAAAUAUUGUUGAUUUGUCUCCUACAACGGUAUCGGAUCAUACACCGAUGGAAACAGUUUUGGAUUUCUUUAAAAAGUUAGGCCUCCGACAAAUCAUUGUUACACGUAAUGGGUGUCCUCUUGGUGUAUUGACUAAAAAAGAUAUACUUCGUCAUGUUCGUCAUCACAAUCCAAAUAAUCGUUAAACAGUAACUUUUAACGUAACAUUGUUAAUAUCCUUCCGGUUAUCUGCCAUGAUUAUUUUUUGUGCUUCUCUAUACAUAAAACACAUGAGUAUUUGUUCGUUUAUUUAUUUAUUUGUCUCAUUUAACGGAUAAAUUCCAUUGGAUUUUAUUGCACAUUAUCCCUCCAUAAUCAGUCAUUAUAUAUAAUCUGUAAAAUCUUCUUAGAAUGAUUACACAUUCUUUUCAAAAAUUAUCUACGAAUGAUGUAUUCUUAUAUACGUAAUGUAUAAUAAAUGAUCUCUCCUGUUCUA